UGGGGGUGACUGCUGCUCUCUCUCUUCUGCUCCAGUAACUGGAGGCACAAGAUCCUUGUUCACCAGCCUCAACUUCAUUGAUCAGAAGGUUUGGGCUGUGUACCGCUGCUACAGCCAUGGCACCCAAAAAGAGCAAGACGACCAAGAAGAGCAAAGGAGACAUAAAUGAGAUGACCAUCAUGGUGGAGGACAGCCCCAUCAACAAGAUCAAUGGGUUAAACACUCUGUUGGAGGGAGGAAACGGCUUCAGCUGCAUCUCGACCGAAGUCAACGAUUCCGUGUACGCCCCGAACCUGCUGGAGGGUUUGAGCAACAUGAGACAGGAGAGCUUCCUCUGUGAUCUGACGGUCUCCACCAAGUCAAAGUCAUUCGACGUCCACAAGGUCGUCAUGGCCUCCUGCAGCGAGUACGUCCGAAACAUCUUGAAGAAGGAUUCGUCCCUCCAGAAGGUUGAGCUGAACGACCUGUCGCCGGUCGGCCUCGCCACUGCGAUCACGUAUGCUUACUCCGGAAAGCUGACCCUGUCCCUGUACAGCAUCGGGAGCACGAUCGCCGCCGCCAUACUGCUGCAAAUAGGCACUUUGGUAAAGAUGUGCAGCGAUUUCCUCAUGCAGGAGCUCAGUGUGGAGAACUGCAUGUACGUGGCCAACAUCGCUGACGCCUACGACCUAAAAGAAACCAAAGAGGCGGCGCAGAAGUUCAUGCGAGAGAACUUCAUCGAGUUUUCCGAGAUGGAGCAGUUCCUGAAGCUCACCUACGAGCAGAUCAGCGACUUCCUCUCCGAUGAUUCCCUGCAGCUUCCCUCCGAGAUCACGGCCUUCCAGAUCGCCAUGAAGUGGUUGGACUUCGACGAGAAGAGGUUGAAGUACGCGGCGGACCUCCUGACCCACAUCCGCUUCGGCACCAUCUCCGCCCAAGACCUGGUGAAUCACGUCCAGAGCGUGCCCAGAAUGAUGCAGGACGCGGAGUGCCACCGUCUCCUCGUCGACGCCAUGAAUUACCACCUGCUGCCGUUCCAACAGAACAUCCUCCAGUCACGGAGAACGAAGGUACGCGGCGGCCUGAGGGUGGUUCUCACAGUUGGCGGACGCCCGGCCUUGACGGAGAAAUCUCUCAGCAAAGAUGUGCUCUACAGAGAUUCAGAUAAUGUGUGGAAUAAGUUGACAGAAAUGCCCGCAAAGAGCUUCAAUCAGUGCGUUGCGGUGUUGGAUGGCUUCCUUUACGUAGCAGGUGGUGAGGACCAGAAUGAUGCAAGAAACCAGGCCAAGCAUGCCGUCAGCAACUUCUGCAGAUACGACCCACGAUUCAACACUUGGAACCACUUGAGCAACAUGAUCCAGAGGCGUACCCACUUCAGUCUCAACACCUUCAAUGGUCUCUUGUUCGCCAUCGGAGGGCGGAAUGGAGAUGGUGUUCAGGCCUCGGUGGAGUGCUACGUGCCCUCGUCCAACCAGUGGCAGAUGAAGGCGUCCAUGGAGGUGCCCCGCUGCUGCCACGGAAGCUCCCUCAUAGACGGCAAGAUCCUUGUGUCAGGAGGUUACAUCAACAACGCCUACUCCAGAGCCGUGUGCUCAUACGACCCGUCGACCGACUCCUGGCAGGAUAAGAGCAGCCUGAGCACACCUCGAGGCUGGCAUUGCGCCGCCACGCUGGGCGACCGCGCCUACGUCUUCGGCGGCAGUCAGCUGGGAGGUCGCGGGGAGAGGGUGGAUGUCCUCGCCGUCGAGUCUUACAACCCUCAAAACGGGCAGUGGAGCUACUGUACGCCUCUUCUCACAGGUGUGAGCACAGCAGGUAUUUCCACUUUAAACAACAAGGUGUAUCUCCUUGGGGGCUGGAACGAGGGCGAGAAGAAGUACAAGAAAUGCAUUCAGGUUUACAACCCUGACCUCAACGAAUGGACUGAGGACGACGAGCUGCCAGAAGCUACAGUCGGCAUUUCAUGCUGUGUGGUCACCAUCCCCACGCGGAAAACACGAGAGUCCAGAGCCAGUUCAGCAUCUUCUGCACCAGUCAGUAUAUAAAGCAUAAGGUGAAAGUAGUGGUGUAGUUUACAUGUCAAAAGGUCUCCAGCUAUUCUGUGGCAAAAAUCUUUAUUCCAGACCCUGUAAGUUGCCCCGUUUUUUAUUUUUUAUUAAAAUGCUGAUCAAUAAAAUACCAGGAUUUCAUCAUUUUUAGACUGAAAUUUCUUUUGGGGGCCAAUCAUACCACGUCGCUCAACAUGUGCAAGCGCUCGGCAAUGGCUGAAAUGACUCACAUUAAGUAAAUCACUCAUUUGCAGCAUUUCUGAACAUGCUACACUUUUGUCUUAAUAUAAGUCGUUUCAGCCGUUGUCAAAAGCUUCCACCUGUCGGCCACCGUACAGUCAGUGGUGUUGACUUCAAUCAACCUUUUUUAUACAGCAAAUACAAUGUUAUUUACAACCCAAUAAUUACCAAUUUAAAGGCAAACAAUGCCGUUAUCAAGGUUAAUCUGCAACUCUAUUUUUUUUACAAAGUGGAUGAAUUUAACAGAAGAUUUAAAUACACAGUUGUUAAUAUUGAAGGAUUUUGUGACAGUCUUGUUACUGGUGACUGUAGUUACUGUGAUUUUCAAAUACUUGACCAGAGUAAUAAACGGGGAAUAAACUGGAGCUGGAUAAAGUGUUGGCAUCACCUGCCAGGUGUGGGUGUGGAUCAUGAUUAGAGUUCAAACACAGGAAAAACAUAUGUAUCAUGGACAGUACACUCAGCUGUGUUGUGUGAUCGCUGUAAACACUAUCGGGAAUUCUGUUGGGAAAAUGUUGGGAUGAUGUUGAAGGUUGAACGGGUUUGGAUGUGAUGGAUAUAAACUAUUUUGUAAAAAAGAAAAAGAAAAAUAUAACAUAGGGAAUGAUGUAUUUAGCCUGAGCUUUCCUGGAGAUCUGUUUAUGAAUUCCCUGAAUGCUCAUGUCUUUUGAUUUUUGUUUUUUUUUGUUUUUAAAUUAAAGAA